AUGGAAGAUAAAGUGUUUGGAGAAAUAAAUAGUGAUAACUUGAAAAGUGUUCAUUAUACCGAGGAGGAGGCACUAGAUGUGUUAAAACGCAUGAAGGUGGAACAAUCCCUCGGACCCAGGAGUAUCCCAGAACUUUCAUCGAUAGCCACUGUAUCAACUAACCUGCAGCUGCAGUGUCUACCAAGUGUCUACUGCCUACAGGACGAUCCGAAGAAAAUCACCAAGGCUACCCCUUCCGUUACAAACUCUAACACCGAGCGGACGAGAGCUACAGUGUCCUAUGAUGAGGAGAGCUACAGGAGAAUGAUAUGGGAGAACAAUGUGCGAUACAUCGAAGAACACAACCUGCAGCACUCAUUAGGAAAACACACAUCUACCGUGGGAAUGAACCGGUUUGGAGAUCUGCCUAAUGAAGAGUUCAAUAAGCUCAAGAAUGGACUUCCCCAAAUCGAAGCUGUUCACUCGACUGAAACAUCCGCAAGUGUGUCUGAUGAAUCUGAUGAAUCAGCAGCAAGUGAAUCUGAUGAAAUUAACAAUGAAUUGACAACUGCAAUAGUUGACUGGCGGAGAGAAGGUUUAGUUACUCCAGUGAAAAACCAGGGUCAAUGCCAUGCUUCCUGGGCUUUCAGUACAACUGGUGCCAUUGAAGGACAGUGGGCAAAAAUACAUGGAAACCUGGUUUCUCUCAGUGAACAGAACCUUGUUGAUUGUGACAGACAAAGUUUCGGAUGCUUUGAUGGAGCCCUAUGGAGCGCCUUUGAUUAUGUGAUGAAGCAUAAUGGCAUCAACUCUGCUGAAACGUACCCUUACACAGAAAAGGAGGGAUGGUGCAGAUUUCAACCAGAUAAAUUUACUGCUAAAAUCACUGACGUGAAACGUGUUUCUGGAGGCGAGGCAGGAUUGGAACAAGCAGUGAGAGAGAUAGGACCAAUGUCUGUUUUGAUUGAUGCAAGUCUGAAAUCCUUCCAGUUUUAUGAAGAAGGCGUUUACUAUGAUGAUAAUUGCAAUGGACCUGUAACCGAUGCAGUGCUGGUUGUUGGAUUUGGGAUUGAAGAUGGAAUGAACUACUGGCUGGUUAAAAACAGUUGGGGAACAAACUGGGGUGAAGCCGGUUACAUCAAAAUGGCUAAGGAUAGAGGGAAUCACUGUCGAAUUGCCAGCCAUGUGUUCUAUCCUGUCGUGGAAGGAACCAACUGA